AAUGCAGAACUGCAAUCCUAUACUCUUCUGGUUUAUCCUCGGAAUUAGUCAAAAUCAGAUACAGAUGAAACUUUUGUUCUCAUCUUCUCCAAUUCCCCCCCACGUUGCUAGACAAACAUAACUCAGAAGAGGGCUUAAAAGCUCCCAUUAUGAGCAUGUUUCUCCAAGUCUAGGCCUACCGUGCCCAAUACUUCAAGCUUGCUAAAGGUGCAGGCCCACUUCUGACACCAUGGAGUAUCUUCCCUUAGGAAAGGGGAUUUCUGCCUGCAGUUAUCAAGUGAGAAGACAUGUUUACUUGAAGGAGAGAACAGCCCAGAACCAAAACAAAUGCAAAACAUUAUUGAACUCAGGCAGCAACGUCUGAAAUAGAGGACUAGCUUCAACAGGAUGAAUGCUGGUGCAAGACCAUCCUUUGUCAAGUUCCAGAUUACAGCACCUCAAAAUUUUCUUCGCCUCACGCCCUGCAAAGAGUUCUUUCCUUUUAUGAUCAUUGAUAAUUAAGCCAAAGAGUGGUGAAACCAACAUCACAAAUGUGCUACAGUUAUUAUCCUUCCACCCGUGUGUGGCUUUUUCUGCUGUUUCAAGGAAAGUGCAUCCUGGGUCAUAACGUUGAUAGCAGCCCAGACUAUCGGGCUGCAUCAUCCCUCCCUGGAUUUGGGAACCUCACCCAAGGAUACAACAGAUAUCUCCGACCAAACUUUGGUGGAAAGCCUGUGAUGGUAGCCAUGAGCCUUGAUGUUGCAAGUAUUUCCAGUAUUUCUGAGAGUGAUAUGGAUUAUACAGCUACAAUAUAUUUGCGGCAACGCUGGACAGAUCCCCGCCUAGUUUUUCAGGGGAACAAAAGUUUUACUCUGGAUGCUCGGCUAGUGAAAUACCUCUGGGUGCCUGACACAUAUAUUGUGGAGUCUAAAAGGUCUUUCUUACAUGAAGUCACAGUUGAAAAUCGGUUGAUACGAUUGUUCUCCAAUGGUACUGUCUUGUACGCUUUGCGAAUUACCACCACUGUUGCAUGUAACAUGGACCUGUCAAAAUAUCCUCUAGAUACGCAGACAUGUAAACUGCAGAUGGAAAGCUGGGGAUAUGAUGAAAAUGACGUACUGUUCACAUGGCUGAGAGGAAAUGAUUCAGUCCAUGGCCUUGAAAACCUACGCCUCUCUCAGUAUACAGUGCAGCAUUAUUACACCCUUUUAACAACAUCACAUCAGGAAACGGGCAAUUAUCCAAGACUGAUAUUGCAGUUUGAGCUCAAGAGAAAUAUACUUUAUUUCAUUCUGGAGACGUACGUGCCAUCCACUCUGCUUGUUGUUCUGUCUUGGGUUUCUUUCUGGAUCACCCUUGAUUCCGUUCCUGCAAGAACGUGUAUCGGAGUAACAACUGUUCUGUCGAUGACAACUCUGAUGAUGGGCUCACGAACCUCAGUAACAAAAACCAAUGGCUUCAUAAAGGCCAUUGAUGUUUACCUUGGCAUCUGCUUCAGCUUUAUAUUUGGCGCUUUGGUGGAAUAUGCAGUUGCUCACUAUAUCUCAUCUCAAAAAUGUGCAGCUAAGAAGCCCCAAAAGGGUUCAUCAAAUGAUGUUACCAGAGAAAUUGAAGAUGUCAGCCUCACCAACAUUCUUAACACUUCCAUCACCAGUUACAAUCAAAAGAUAAACUUUGCUGCCAUUGAUAACGUCACGUAUGGUGGUUUACCCAUGAACUCAAAGGAUAAAAUUCGAUUUAUCGUGAAGAACAAAAUGCACAAAGUCAUUGGCUAUUUCACAAUUCGCAAUCCAAGCAACAUUGAUCAUUAUUCAAAACUGCUGUUUCCUUUGUUUUUUAUGGUAGUCAAUAUGUUUUACUGGGCUUAUUACUUGUAUGUUUAGAAAAGCAAAAAGUUCUACACAGAAUGGAAAUUAAGCCUGGGCCAUAACAAUGUACUCAGGAGUUCAGCUGACAUGAAUAAUAUCAUGGUUGUUGAGUAUGCCAGGUGAUUCCCUUUGACUUGGAAAUGAUGGUCUAUUCAUUAGUAUGUGGUGACUUUGGGAAAAGGCUCAUAGGCUUUAAAUAAUGAAUAUGUGUCUCACUAAACUGGAAUUUAGGAUCUCUCUGAAUUACACUAGCUACUUUCUCAUUGUCUUUAUAUUGCUCACAUUAAUACAAAACAAAAGCCAGUUGGGUGCCCAUGGGAAUUAUAUACUUGUCCCACAAUUCACAUGGAAAACAAUAAAGGUUUUGAGUAGGGUGGUUGCCCUAUGUUUAUUUGAAAAAUACAUGACCCAUUUCUAGGGUGGGGAUGGCAGGUUGGUGGGGGAGAUAGACCGGGUUGAACUUACCUUCCUCCCAGUUGAUGACAAAGUAUUGGGUGGUGCGUGGCUUGCGCACCCACAUGAUCUGCGCUGCUCAGAGCAGGGCAGAUAUCUGGAGGCUGGGAAAAUGAGCCCUGGCCUCCAAGAAUUCCAAGAUGCAUUGCGCAAGCACCAGGGUGCAUUGAGGGAUUCCCCAUCAAGCCGGAUGCUCUAGGCCAGUGUUUCUCAAGGUUUUUGGAGUCAUGGACCGGUACAUUCUUUGUGCACAGUUUCCCAGACCAGCAGUUAGUAAAGGAGUCGCCAGCACUCCACAAAACAAUUUCGAGCCAAUGGAGGCUGCCAUCAGUGGGCAGACGCGUAAUUAGGGUAGGGCAGGCAGGGCACGUGCCCUAGGCACCAGGUGAAGGGGUGCAAAAGUGCCUGCCAUGCCCCGCCUGUGCCCCCAGAUUGAAUCGGCGGGCGCUGCUGGGCGGGCCUGCUGCUCACCCAUGGCUGCCGCCACAGCGGGCCAGCAUCUCCGGUCCCCCCCCCCCCACUCACGCAGGUGCAGCAGCCAGCGCGCUCACGACUUACUCACGAGUCAUGAGAUCUCCAGUCUGGGAGGGCUGCCCGUGGCUGGAGCAGCUUGUUGGUUGUUUCAGUGGGCACUCAUUGGCUGGCUGUGGGCCCUGUGCUAGCCAGUUCAAUGAAUCAACACUGCGCCCCGCACAUGCUCCUUGAACAACCACGUGGGUCAGGUCUUGUAGAGAGGGAGAGCAGCAACUGCUGUGCUGGCCUGACUCUGGCACUGGCGCUGUGCCUGCUCGGUAGACUGCAGCAGUAGACAGUAGUACUACUUGCUUCCUCAUGUGUGCCUAACCCAUUUACAAGUAAGUAAACUAUUGCUCUCCAAAAUGAUCUCUGCCUCUCGAUCGUGUCGUGUGUGCUUCUGUUCCGGAUCCCACCCACCCCCAUAUAAAGACUAAGAAUCCUUGGAGGGUGGGGGUCUGGGCUGGGGUGUGCUGCUUGAAUUGGGGUCUAGGGAGUGGGUGCAUCACACAAAUUUAUGCCUUUAAUCUGGUUGCCUCCCUCCAAAUGGAAACUGAAGUGGGGAGGAGUUUCUUCUUUUUCUGCAGGGCUCCAGCAAGCAAGCCCUCCCUGCCUUGGGUGGGUGUGUUUUGGUGCUCCUUAGGGCAGGCUGUAUUAGAAUCCACUUUAAGUCCUCGUUCUGCAUCUUCUGGGUGCAGAGCCCUGUGUGUGUGUGUUUUCCCUCCACCAUGUUGCUUCCCCCAGCACCUUCCUUAGUAAGAGAGGCGCUGCUUCCUUAGCCCUGUGUUUGUUUGUUCUCCCCCGCCCCACACCUGCAGCAAAGCGUGGCUUCCUCACCCCAAAGUUUUGGCUGCACACAGUGAUUUCCUUGGGAGCUGAGGGGAAGAAGGGAACCUGGGGGGCCCAAUCCCAAGCAGCUCUUGGGGCAGCCGUGCAUGGAAGAGAGUGGCAGCAGCAGGUAGGCUCCCCACCCUGAGCGGUGCUAAUGAUAAGGCAAGGGAAAUGAUAAGGCAAGGUUUCCGAUUUCUGUGCUGCCAACACACAGCAGAGAAAGAUGAACUCACAACUCUUUCCUGCUCUCUCUGCUGUUGUCCUAAACAAUAAUCUUAGGAUACUUAAGCUUUUUUGUAACUUUCCUGUGUUGUUAGAUAUGCUUCUAAGCAUACAAUGGGUUGAAGAGACAAAGCUGUUCCACCUAAAAGCUAUGUAAAUCUAUUUCUUUGCCCUUGAUUUGG